UUUGGGAAAGUCAAUUGCGCUUGCGCGCACUUCAGUCAAGAUAUCAUGACAUGACUGUUUUUCUAUGAGAAAUAAAUUUCUGUAGUACUUCUAUUACGGCGUUCAAUCGAUUAAUCGCCCACAUUUCUCUCCCUCGCAAAUUGUGCGAAUAUUAUUUCUAUAGCAUUCUUAUUUCGGUAUAGCAUUGCAAUAGCAUUAGAUAGAAUAUUCUGUAGGAAUUCUAUAGUAUUGUAACAUAGGUAAUAUGGCCUAGUUAAUAUUUGAUGUUAAUAUUAUGGGUUAGUACAUUUAUGAGAAAUGUUAAGAAAAAUUGUGAAAUUUUCAUAAAUUGAGGUAAAUUGUUUAAAUUAGAUAAUUUUCACCGUAAGCAAUGUAUCUUAUGCCAGAGAGAAAUAUUUUAAAAUAUUCCACCUAUUCUUCCGAAGAAGAUGUAUACAAAUUCUAGUCACUCAUUGUCAAAUGCAGUCGAAUGCUCGAAGAAGAAUGAUCUCUAUAGUUGAACAUUUUCGACUUCAUCGAACAUUUCUAUUGGUCAUUGGCAUAUGGCCCUACAACCAAUCAAAAUUUGUUGAAUUACAAUUCUCACUGUUCUUUGCUGUUCCACACAGUUUUAUUAUAUUUCAGCUUACAUCGUUUAUAACUUCUGAAUGUACUGUUGAUCUUAUUAUUAAAAUUCUGUCUACAAUAUCUUUUCUUCUUAUGUGCACAGUUCAUCACAUUUCUUUUGGGAUUAAUGCAUGUAGUGUGAAGUGUUUCGUGGAGCGUCUCCAGCAUGUCUGUAAUGAUAUAAAAGAUGAAAAUGAAAUCGCUAUAAUAGAAAAAUAUGGAAACAGCGCAGAAUACAUUACAAUUAUAAUUACAUUGUUUGCGGUGUGCUGCGUAAUUAUUAUAACUGUUUUGCCAUUUUUGCCGUGGAUUCUUGGCACCUUUCUACUCGCAAAUGAAUCUCGACCAUUUCACAAUAUGCUAAUUGUAACUGAAUAUUUUGUUGAUAAAGAAAAACAUUUUUAUUUAAUUAUUCUGCACACAUACGCAUCUAUUUACAUAGGAGUGACUGCGAUGGUGGGAGCAGGAAUGAUGCUAGCAUCAUACCUAAAACACAUUUGCGGACUGUUUAGCAUUGCAAGUUACCGUAUGGAGCAAACAAUAAUGUUAAAUAGUCACGAAAAAGCUAAUGGAAGGAACGAGAUGGAGAUGAACAAGAAGUUACGACAUGCAGUGGAUGUUCAUCGUACAGCUAUUGAGUUGUCUGAAUUCUUUAUGUCUAAUUUCAAUGGAACAUACAUUUGUCUAAUAGUGAUAGCCGUAAUUUGUUUAUGCCUUAAUCUAUACGAAGUCUUUCAAACUACUUUGCUUCGAGGUAACGUAGAAGAAAUUUUAUUACACCUUAUUUUCGCAUCUGCUAUAGUUCUAUAUACGUUCGUGGCCAACUAUACCGGUGAAGAAAUCAUGCAUCAUUAUAACGACAUGUUUUCUAUGGCAUACAGCGUUCAGUGGUAUACGGCUCCUAUACGCAUACAGAGAUUGAUAUUAUUUCUGUUGCAAAGAAGUUGUAAGGUUUACCGCCUCAAAAUAGCUGGAAUUUUUAUAACAUCUCUAGAAGGCUUUGCUUCGUUAUCUACUGCAUCGUUAUCUUACUUCACUGUUAUAUAUUCUACACGGGAGUGAUACGAUAUCAUUCACCUAACUGUAUAUUGAAGGCAAAGGGUUGCAGACAGACCAUUUGUGCAAUUGAUACGUAAGACAACGAAAUAAAACGCUCCUUUUAUAAAACAAGUGCACGUUACGAAUGCGAGUGGACUAAAAUGAAGAAGGUGAAGACAUAUUGUUUGGAAAAAUCAAUUGCGCUUGCGGGAACUUUGGUCAAGAUAUUAUGUUAUAACUAUUUUUCUGUGAGAAAUAAAUAUCUAUUUGUAUUUG